AUGUGUUUCCGGACUCCUCCAGUCAAGAACAGCCUGGACGAGCAGACACCAGGUGGCUCCGAAGGUUUAGCCAGAAACAACCAAUUUAUUGAGGACGCAGGCGCCGAAUAUCGAAAAGGGCAGCAUAUCUUCCAGCACCGACAGCAGUCAUCAGACUGUAACCCGAGUAAAGUCGCGACCUACACCAGCGGGGGAAAGGGUCGGUCUACGUCGCCGCCCAUAACCCGCGUCGCACCUAUCUCAGAUUCACUGUUGCAGAAUACAGAGAACAUUCUAUUAGGCUGUGACUCAAUCCCUGAUGGGAUUAGCAAUCUAGCCCUUUCUG